AUGGCUUCAACGGAUCGUGAUGCACUCGUUGCCCUGUUUCGUUCCGCCGGUGGGGCUACUUGGAGAAGAAAAGAAAACUGGGACACAGCUGCUGACCUAGAAUCAUGGUUUGGAGUAAUCCUCAACAACCAGGGUCGCGUGGCGGAGCUUAAGCUUGCCGUGAACAACCUCCAAGGAGUCAUCCCGGAGAAGAUCGGAGCUCUGAACAAGAUUGAAAUUCUUACGCUGAAAGACAACGAGCUUACCGGUGAAAUUCCGCCGUCGCUCGGAGGGCUUGUCAACCUGAAUUUGCUUGACCUCGGUGGAAACAACCUAAGUGGUUCCAUCCCCAAGGAGUUAGGAGCCCUUAACGAAGCUCAGACUCUUAAGCUGGGCGAUAACGGACUUACAGGGAGCAUCCCGAAGGAGCUAGGUGCUUUGAGUGCGCUGGACAGGCUUUGGCUCUACGGAAACGAGCUAACCGCUCUCUGGGACCACACUCAAAACGCACAACAUGUCGAAGAGGGAGGUAACAGAACGUUAGGAGGGCAGCUUCCUAGCCAGCUGUGCCGGUUGCUCGACGUCCUAGACCGUGCAACGGGAGGGAUACUCGGUCUCGAUGAUAACCCAUGGGCUGAGCCGCCAGCAUCAAUCGUGUCCAAGGGCCCGACGAGCAUUAGAGGGUAUUUCGAAGACCUGUAUGUUGAAUCCUCCCGGGUCCAGCGCAACAGCGUCAAGAUUAUUCUCGUCGGGCAGGAAGGCGCAGGGAAAACGAGCUUGCGCCAGAGCAUGAAGGCCAAUGCAGCAAUUCCUACGGGAGAGUGGAAGGAGGAGAGCACGGUUUUCGCAGAUGUGGAGCCCAUGCAGCUAGAAGGCUCAUUCGUUCGGGUGUACGAUUGCGCCGGCCAGGUUGCCUACACGGGGCUGCUGCAGAUGUUCCUGACGCCACGGUCCGUUUGCGUGCUAGUGUGCAACGCGGAGGCUUUCGGACAGCAGCGAGGUGACGACACCGGUGGUCAGGUCAAGGAAGACUGCCGCAAGCUGGAAGAACUACGAGUCUGCGAUUGGCUGCGAUCAGUAUCUCGACGCGUCCCUAACAACGACGUCAUCCUCGUCGCUACCAAGUGUGAUUUGGUAGGCGGCAACGCUGAGGAAUUCGGCAGAAGAAUUGAGCAGGCCACUCGAACGUGGCUGGCGAGCUGGGUUCACGAUGGCAUGCAGCCCGUUCGGUUGGAACCUGGCGUUUGUCUCACGAGCUGCUGCGCUAGUGCCGUCGGGGAAAAUGGCGAGAAAAGCACCGGACACAACGCAUCGGAGAGAGGUUGGGCGUGCGACUGGCGGGACGAUAGAGACGAUAUGCCCCCGCCCGGUUUGGUCCACCGGCUCGUCAACAAGCCCGACGGGAGUGGCCUUCGAGGAACGCAGAUGGUACUUCCUCGCAGCUGGGAUAUCGCCCUCACUGUGCUUGAAGCUCUAGAGCGUGGACGCGAUCCCGUGGAGGUGGUGGUGGAGCAUUUGGCUGAGCCUGACAGAGAAGACGCGACGAGAACAGCAGCACGGCAAACAGGCGUGUAUCAGGGGAUCACGGUGGAAGCCCUCAGGGUCAAAUGGCAGGAGGCGGUUGUUGGCCUGGCCAGAAGAGGUGUCAAUGUCACUAACGCCAAGAAUGCGUUGGAGGGAGCUCUGUCGAUCAGGGAAUUCGACGGGUCCCUUGUUCGCCACGAGAUGUUUGUCUUUCUGGACGUCGUGUGGCUGGCAAGAAUCCUCAAGCCUUUGCUCAACCACAAGGAUGAAGAGACGUUCGACGGGCUUGUAAACCUAGGAGACACAGGCGAUACGCGUGUCACCCUCGAGGAUCCAUUGGACAUCGCUUCGUGGGGCAGGCUCAAGAACCAGGGGGUGCUAGAACCCCGGUUAGCGCGUACAAUGUGGCCUAAUGGUCUGUCUAAGUACGUUCUCCCCACUCUUGCAUCGCUGGGUCUGACGUUCCCGCUCAAAAACGAUCCUGCUGGGGGCCUGGUAGUUCUGCUACGGCUAAACCCAGACCGCCCCGAGCGUGUGGGCAAAGUGAUCGACACAUUCUGCUUGGACCAAACCCCGGCAUUCAGCACCAGUUGGAAGAUUUUCCUCGGGGUACCGGCCGGUGCGAUUGAAAAGGUCUUGACGCGGUGCUGCAGCCUUGGUGGCGUGCAGACCUUUUGGCGGUCCGGGGUGCUUGUGCAUGGUGGUCUUGGCGACGAAGAUGGACACGAGAUAUUUGCCGUGGUCUUGGAAUACUCGUCCUCCGACAACGAGCUGACUGCUCAGAUUUUCGGCGAUAUCAGCACCCCAGCUCCAUGGGUGGCGCUUUCGUAUGUCAUCUCUGCCGUGAGGUUGAUGCUGCUGGAUUUCCCAGGACUGCGCUCGAGAGGCUCUCUAAAGUGCCCUCAGCAUGGCGACGCGAUGCUCUUGGUCAAUAAGAUGACUCAAGCCGGGGUCAAAUUGCUGGAACCAAGUGGAUGCCCACAGUGCAGUCCCGACACCAGGGGACUCGGGGCCGCGGCCAUCGAUCUCGUGAGCAUGGUCGACAUCCGACUGGACCGAGACGUGAUUUUCCGCGAUGUCAAGCAGAGGUUCGUCGAACUGGAGAGUCAGUACUCCUUCUCGAGCUCGGCGGCGAGCUCCAAUGACGAGGACGUGCUGAUUCAAAAAAUGGAGGAAGUGGCGAGAACGUUGAAGGAUGGGCUUGAUGACCUCAAGGGAAGGUUGGGCAAGGUUCUGGACAGCACCCAGGAAAGUCUCAUGCGCCUUAAGAACUUACAGGCUGCGAACUACCCGUACCCUCGCCUGGUGGCAGUAGAGGAAAUUGCUUCUGGUGGCACUCCGUCGAAAGCUCAUGGGAUCAACAGAGUGCUGAACAAGCUACGUGGUGUGGGUACGAAGGAGAUGGUGCUGCACUUCUUGUGUCCAGUCGACAUGACCAAGGUGCCGUGCGGCUAUGGAGGCGAAGGCUAUCGGUUUCGGGAGGCCCGUAGAUGGGUCAAGAAGCUAUCGCCUGUGCUUCAGGUGGCCGUGGUGACGGCGAAGGUGGCCCUAAAAGCAACGUCAGGGCUAGACGUGGAUCUCUCGAAUUUCCUCAAGGACGUGCAAGAUGGAUUCGUCGAUGAGCUGGUCGACCAAACACUCGACGAGGACACGCUACUUCGUGUUGUAUUGGGUGAGGAGGAUGCCGGGUUCAACAUGCGAAAGGAAACAAGAGCCUCGUAUGAAGCACUGCGGGGGUUCAUGGGAAAACUUGAAAGGCGUAAGGAUGCUAGGGAUGGCGAUGGCUACGUAGAUUUCAGGGACAACAUGCAACGUCUAUCGGACGGAAGGGGGGGGGAAGUAUGGGUUCGGAACGAAAACGUUGAACGGUGGUUGGACUCACAUUCGAACGCUGUACCAUCGCGCUAG